CCGCCUCCAGUUCUUGGGAGUAUAUAAAGCACGCGUGACAGGCGGUUGUUUCCAGUCGUUUACAGGAUUCAGUGACAGAAGCAUCUAUUGUGUGUUCUAUGAAACUUUGACAGACGACGUCCAACAUGGCUCAGCUAACCAAUAAGACGGUACUAGAUAGGUAUCUAAGGCUCGAAAUCCCUGACCAGAAAUGCCAGGUUAUGUACGUGUGGGUGGACGGCAGCGGGGAGAACUUGCGCUCCAAGACACGUACUCUUAACUUCAUUCCAAAGGCUCCUGAAGAGCUCCCGAUCUGGAACUUCGACGGGUCGUCCACGGGCCAGGCCGAGGGCAGCAACAGCGACGUGUACCUGCACCCGGUGGCCCUCUACCGGGACCCCUUCAGACUGGGCAACAACAAGCUGGUGCUCUGCGAGACCUACAAGUACAACAAGAAGCCCACUGACACCAACCACCGGUACAGGUGUACGGAGGUGAUGACCAGGGCCGCCAGCCAACACCCCUGGUUCGGCAUGGAGCAGGAAUACACACUCCUCGAUGUUGAUAAGCAUCCUCUGGGUUGGCCCAAGAACGGCUACCCGGGGCCCCAGGGACCCUACUACUGCGGCGUAGGAGCCAGCAAGGUCUACGGGCGUGACGUGGUGGAGGCCCACUACAGAGCCUGCCUCUACACGGGCAUCAACAUCUCGGGAACCAACGCGGAGGUGAUGCCCGCCCAGUGGGAGUUCCAGGUGGGACCUUGCGAAGGUAUCAACAUGGGCGACGACCUCUGGAUGGCGAGGUACCUCCUGCACAGAGUCGCCGAGGACUUCGGUAUCGUUGUGACCCUCGAUCCCAAGCCCAUCCCCGGCGACUGGAACGGCGCCGGCAUGCACACCAACUUCUCCACGGCGGCCAUGAGAGCACCAAACGGCAUCACGGCCAUUGAGACUGCCAUCGAGAAGCUCGGGAAGGUCCACUCAGAGCACAUCCGCGCCUACGACCCCCACGGAGGCAAGGACAACGAGCGCCGCCUCACGGGUCUCCACGAGACGUCGUCCAUCCACGACUUCUCCGCCGGCGUGGCCAACAGGGGCGCCUCCAUCCGUAUCCCCAGGGGCGUGGCCGAGGAGAAGACGGGCUACCUGGAGGACCGCCGCCCCUCGUCCAACGCCGACCCCUACGUCGUGUCCGAGAGGCUCGUCCGCACCAUCUGCCUCGACGAGUGUUAAGACAAGGGACAGAGACAUCCCCUUCGUGUGUGUGUGUGUGUUUCUAUGAUAUAGACUAUAAGCAUAAACUAUAUAGUAUGUUUACUCAUGUAUAUUUAGCUGAAGCCCAACUACAACUAUGGAGAUGCGGCUAUAUAAUGUGGUAAGAAAAUAUGCAUAGGAUUAAACAUAAAUAGUGUUAUGAUACACUCUGUUCAUCCUUCCUUUUAAUCGAUUAAGAGAUUUUGAGAUGUUCAGAGUCUAUUGUGAUAAUUUCUGUUCAAUAGCCUAAUUUAUCAUGCACAAAAGGCGAAGUAUAUUUAUUGCAACAAAACGUUACUUUUUGUAUAUUACUUUUCAUCUUUUUUCUCUUUGUCAUCUUGCCUGUAAUACUAUAAAUACAGAAAUGUAUGUACAUUCCUAUAUAUGGAUACUAAUAUAUAUAUGUAUAUAUACAUAUACAUAUGAUUAUACAUAUACAUAUAAAUAUAUAUACAUUUAUACAUUGAUUUCAUAGACUUCAAAGAUGGUGUCACCAAAUGCAUUAUCAUAUCAAGUGUACCUGUGAAAAGGUAGAAUUAUAUCACCUGUAAUUAAAGGCUGUAAAUAAUAGCUUAAAAUGAAUAUGUUUACACUUUAA